AUGCGGCCUACUAUCCCACUUUCACUUGGUCGUCUUUCUGGCAAAACAGCACUUAUAACAGGGGCUGGGUCUGGAAUCGGCGAAGGCAUAGCUAAAUUCUUCACAAAAGAGGGUGCAAAUGUUGUCAUCGCAGAUAUCGCAAAAGAUGGAGGAGAGCGUGUCGAGAAGGAUAUCCAACAAUCUCAUUUCGAAGGGCAUGGACGGGCUUUAUUUUUGAAGUUUGAUUGUACGACAAGUCGAGCAUGGAAAGAUGGUCUAAAGUUCGCUCGCGAUGAAUUUGGCAAUCUGGAUAUCGUGGUGAAUAAUGCUGGUACAACAUACAACAAAAAGUCCAGUGUCGAAGUUACCGAAGCGGAGUUCGACAAGAUCAUUGCUGUCAAUACUAAGAGCAUUUAUCAUAGUGUUGUCGAGAUCAUGCCUUACAUGGCAGAGCAACGCCGGGGUGUUUUUAUCAAUACAUCAUCGGUGGCUGGAUUCAAGGUUCGACCUGGACAAGUGUUUUAUGGUGGGACCAAGGGCUUUGUGAACACCAUCACACAGGGACUAGCUGCAGAAUGGGGCCCGUAUAAUAUUCGAGUGAACUCGAUCUGUCCACUACGAUCUCCCACGGCUUUAUUAGAAAAGUUUUCUGGUGUACCGGAUACACCAGAGGAACGUGCCCGAUUCUCCAAGAGUGUCCCCUUGCAGAGAAUGGGAGAUGUUGACGCUAUUGCUCAUGCUGCCGUUUACUUGGCGAGUGAUGAGGCAAACUUUGUGACUGGAAUUAACUUCCCUGUUGACGGAGGGAGGUUGGCUAAGUAUAUAGUGUCGAUCCCCAAUUGCGGGAAAGUAAGCAAUCGCUACUGCUUCUUGCGUUUUGAUUCCGUACUACCGACAACCAUGGAUCUUGAAAAGGAACCCCCAGAGCACACGGAGGAGGCACGAUCUGUUGUCUUCCUUGAUGACCGUGAGGAGUAUGACUAUCUUUCGAGCAAAUUUGACACAAAACGGCGAGACAAGCUCCUGCGGAAAAUUGAUUGGCGCUUAUUGCCGAUACUGUCUCUAUUCUAUCUCAUAUCGUUCAUGGACCGAGCCAAUAUUGGUAACGCGAAGCUACAGGGCCUCGAGGAAGAUUUGAACUUGACUCCCGGCGAGUAUAACUGGGCAUUGACUAUAUUUUUCUUCCCUUACGGCGCCUUCGAGGUUCCUAGCAAUCUUGCAUUAAAGUUUACAAAGCCCUCAAUAUGGAUUCCUAUUAUCAUGCUCUCAUGGGGCUUGGUGAUGAUGUGUAUGGGUUGGGUGCAAGACUACUCUGGAUUAUUGGCGACUCGCUUUUUCUUAGGAGUGACCGAGGCUGGUCUAUUUCCGGGGGUAACUUAUCUUUGCUCUACGUGGUAUUGCCGUUAUGAGCUGCAGUUUCGUAUUGCUCUGUUCUAUUGCGCAGCCAGCCUCGCAGGUUCUUUCUCGGGACUUCUUGCAUUUGGCAUAGGGUUCAUGGACGAUAUUAUUCACGAUCGUAUCUAUGGAACAUACGCAUUGUCCUUCAGUCUUCCCACGACAAUCAAGAUCCUUGGCUACACUGCAGCUCAGGCGCAACUUAUGACCAUUCCAGUAUACGCAUUUGCGAGCAUAAUGUGUGUGCUCAAUGCAUGGGUCUCUGACCGCCUGGGGCGCCGAUAUCAUGCUGUUGUGGUUCCCUACCUGAUCGGAAUCAUAGGGUUCAUUAUUUGCAUAACCGUUGACCCGGUAGAAAAGCCAGGAGUUAUCUAUCUUGCGAUGUUCUUCAUUGCAACUGCACUUUUCCCCACGACUCCCAGCGUCGUUUGCUGGAUGGCGAAUAAUCUAUCGGGACAAUGGAAGAGAGCAGUCGGAAUGGCUCUUACAUUUACUGGCGGCAACCUAAUCGGAGGUGUUGUCGGGUCUAACAUCUUUUUGGUCCGAGAGUCUCCAAAAUUUCACACGGCCUACUACAUAAUGGUGGCCGUUUUUGGGGCGGGCAUUUUGGUCGCCACGUUCAAAUUAUGGCUUCUCAUUGCGACAAACAAGAAGCGAAAUAGUCUGAUUGAAUGUGUGCCGGAGGAAAGACUGGCAAUCUUGGAUGAAGAAACUAAGUCUUUGGGAGACAGAAGCCCCUUUUUCCGUUAUACGCUAUGA